AUGUACUGGACAAAAGUCACGCUAUAGAGUGUCGUGUUGCGUAGUAGAGUGUCGAGGUGCAAUAUAGAUCCCAAGGUCGCGAGGCGUAGUAUAGGUGGACGCGAGGCGAAAUAGAGAGUCGCGAGGCGUAAUAGUGAGACGCGUAUGUAAUAAUAGAGAGAUGCGAGGCGUAAUAGAAGGACGCGAUGCGUAACAGAAGGACGCGUUGCGUGAUGGAAAGACGCGCAAACAAGGGCGACGCGGCGUGUAGGAAGAGGGGACGCGUACUUUCGCGCCAUUUGCCUUGGUUACCCGUGAAUAAAUUUCGAAUUUUUUCAAUUGACUGGCAAAUUAAUCAAGACAAAACACGAAAGAAAAAGUAAGUUUUUGUAGCAGCUGGGCUGACCGUUCUCUCUGAUUUUUUCUCUCCUGUUUUUUUAAUUUCUGCUGUAUUAUAGUUAUAUUCUGAUAAAUUGUGAGAAGUUGCUAAUUCAUAAGUAUGUGUAGUAGUGAAGGGAAGCAAUGUAGGGCAACGACGACAUUUGUCAACACAGGUAUAGCUGGCACCCCCCCCCCCCCUCCUCAUAUAUAUUUUCUCAUUAAAAUUUGUAAUGGGCUAGCUAUACUAUUGCUAUAAAUAAUGGAUUAUAUUAUUUGCCCUAGCAACUUUUACUUCCUUUUUUCCUUCCCUUGUAUACACCACCAAUCAACCCCCCUCCCCCUGCAACGAGGAGGGUGCCGAUAAGCCGAAAAAUGUUAUUACACUGCUUGCAUGCUAUUCUGUUAUAAGCAAUGUGCUGUUUUUGUAUUAAUAUUGUGUUUUGUAUCACCAUGUGAUUACAAUGUUUUGAUAGGUAAACAGGGCAGCUUAUAAAACAGAACGUAGGACUACGACUGGUAGUUAAAUGGAACUGUGCGGUGCAUAUGCAUGUGUACAACAACACUGUCAACAGGUGUAUUGUAAUGAUGGCAAAUUUCUCAAGUUUUGGUUUUCUUCAAGUGACACUGCACCCAUUUUCAAGAAUUUUAAAUAAUGCAGCAAAUAUGUACAAUGUUCUUAUUCGAUUUUCCUUUAAGGAUAUUCUUAAGACAUUUUUAAAUUUUUGUCUUACUAUCGUGAAUAUUUAUCGGCAUGGUUGUAAUUUUCAAAACUUUCAAGCUAAAUUGUAUGUGAUGUUUUAGGAAUUAAAAAUUGAUUCAGCAUGCAGAAAGUGAAAGACGCUAUAGACAGACUGAAUAAUGCAUUGGAUGGUCUGUCAUCAUCAACAACAAGUACUCAAAAUAAUCCAAAUCAGAACAUCUUCCAGAGUCCAAACUCACAUCCAAGUCCAAACUUACAUCCAAGUCCACAACAUCAGAGAAUUCUACAAGAUUUCAAUAAGCAAUUUCCAGCGUUGAAUGCUGGUGGUAGCCGAUAUCGCCCACAAGCAAAGAAACCACGUCUCUCUAAUAACUUCAUUAAGGACACAUGGACCCAUAAAUUCUGUGCACUGAGCUACAAAGAUACAUCAGUUUCACCUAAUACACGUGAAUUAAUGGAGCUAAACCAAGUUGGUCUCGGAAUUGAAAAAGUUGUUUUUCCUUCCAAAACUGGAACACAUGCUAUGCUUCUGGAAGAGUUAACAAAAGCUUAUCCAAAAUUAUCAUCACAGAGUGGUGGCAUUGAACUUCUGAGGGCUGAGAGUGGUGGAAUAAACCGACCAUUGGUGUUGAUACCACCAAGAAAAGAUGGUUAUUCUAUCAGCUAUUUAAAAAAUUUAGUACCCGGUCACGCUGUAAUAUACAUCAGACCAGUGCAGAGCGACUUACCAAUGGAGGAACCAACUAUGGAUUCAGGUAUUGAAGUUAACUGUGUACGAUGUAAUCAGAAAUAUCCGUUAAAUGAUUUAAGAUUCCAUCAAGCUUAUUGUCAACUUGAUGAUGACAUUUUUCCAGAGAUGAUAGACGAUGAAGCUGGGCCAUCGAAUGAAAAAGAAGUAGGAAGUACUUCUCCCCAUAUCGAUACUUUGUCGGCAAUGUUUCCUCGAAUCUCUAAAGCCACAAUUCAGGACAUUUUACGGAAUACCAAAUCUAUCGAUGUGGCAGCCAAUAUUUUGAGUGAGAAAAGUGCAAGUGAAAAUAUGUCUGACAUGCUGCAAAUUAAAUGUGUAGAUAAGGACAUGUCUUUAAAAGAAAUUCUCAAUCAAAUUACAUCUCUUGCUUCAGAAAAUGAUACAAUCACUUUGGAAAUUGAACGUGACAAUCUUUGGAUGGAAUCCUUGAGAUUUUACAAAAGGAACCUUGUGAAUUCUCAAGUUAUGACCAAAAAAUUGAUCAUUGAGUUUAAAGGAGAGGACGGCCUUGAUGGUGGGGCAAUGAAAACCGAAUAUUUCAACCUUUUGUUAGAAGAAGUUAAAAAUCGUCUAUUUGAAGGUGAAAAUAACAGUUUGUUGCCUGUGAAAGACAUCACAAAAGCUGUGCUUUUCAAAGUUGCUGGUAUGAUUAUCGUACAUUCAUUGAUUGCUGGUGUUGACACCGGCUUCCCAGUAUUAGCAAAACCAUACUUUUUACACAUGUGUGGUAGAGAUACCGACAGUUUGAUUGAAAGUUUGAAUAAAAGCCACAUACCAGCAAAUGCAACAACUGAAAAUUUGAUUGAAUUGAUUGAAUCACUUGAUCAAUGUAAAACAAAGGACGAUAUAGACAAACUGCUUUACAAGGACAAUCAGAAGCAAGAUGUGUUUUGGUCACUUAUUAAUUCUGCGCAUUGGCCUGCCGACAAGAAUAUUAACAAAGAAAAUGUCCCAUUACUGGUUCAACAACUCAUUUUGAAUGAUGUGAUAUUGUCACGCCGAAACUCUUCAGACAUGUUAUUCGAAGGUUUGAGCUCGUGCAAUUUCUUGAAUACGAUUCGGUGUCAUUGGAAAGUUAUGGAUCAAAUAUUUUGUGCUGGUUAUCGCAUGAUUGAGAGUAAAGAAUUUAUCAAAUGUUUUAGUUUUGACGAACCAACUUCCUUCGUGGAGACACAGGCAAAGAAAUUUUUUCUGUCGUUUAUUGAAAAAAGUGACAGUAUGACAUUGAGUAAAGUACUUGCCUUCUGUACUAGUCAUACAGUUGUUCCACUGGAUGGUAUGAAAAAUGAAAUCAGAGUGAAAUACAUGUCGGAUGAUGAAAAAAACAGUAUGUGCAAAUCCUCUGCAUGUUUAAAAAUAAUCUACCUACCUACAGUUCAUUCUGUAGAAAAGGCGUUUCACAAUAUGUUGGCAACAGCUUUAGCAUGUGAAUCAAAGGGAUUCGCAAAUCCAUGAUAAUUGUAAAUUUUUAGGGGCACUAACGAGUUUAUUUUUUUCCUUCAAGGUGAUCGAUUUUUAGCUUAUGUUGUCAUUGUUCUUAUUAUGUUGUCAUUGAGAAAAAAUGCCGAUUUUUUUUCUUUUUCUUCCAAAAUAUGCCUCACUUCUAUAAAACUGAUUUUUUUUCUGGUGGGGGGGAAUAUAAAAAUCCUGUCAGUCCUAUGCAAGAAUUCUUCCAGUGAUAUACAUACUUUUAAUGAUCAGAUUGAUUAUGAUUAGUCUCGAAUUUAUGACUGACUUGUACGCUCCUUGAAGUCUAUAUAUACUGCACAUGCAUUUAUAAGUUCGUCUUUUUGUUGUUCUAUUUUGUUUGUUUUCUAACUUUUAUAUGGAAAAGAUGUAUGGUUAUAGUCGUGAUCAAGUUACGCAUUGCAUUAUCAUUCAGCUGUGCUAACCAAGAAGAUAUUUUUCUUUUCUUUUUAUUUCACAAGGGUUAUGUUUGUUAUUUUGUUCUUUAUGUGAAAAAAUGUUCUACUUAUAUACGGUCGACUCACUCAGAGAAAGUUAUUUAAAAACAGAACUGUUAUCGUUAAGUAACUUUUAAACAUAUUUCGAACAUUUUGGAGGGAAUUUCGUCUGGCAUUUUUAGGAUUUAUUGUAUGAUUAAACAAACAAGUGGUUUUGUUGACAUUUCGUGUACUUAUGCAGUACUUUUAUUUUUCAGAAUAUAACAUGAAUAUACAACAAUUGA